AUGAGUGGUCGUGACUUGUUCACUUUCAAUGCCGAUGCUUGUGUUGAUGAUGAAGACGCCGAAGAUGUGGAGUUCGAGAAGGAGGAGGUUGACAUUGACAACAGUUUCUUCAAAUUCGGAGGUAUGGAUGACGAUUUGGAUAACGAUGGAGCGGCACCUGUGGAGGGUGUCGCUGGUGCCGAUGGAUUAGCUGCAGGUGUUGGUUCUAUAGCUAUCAAUGAGGAACUGUUUGACGUUGAUGAAGGACUGGAAGGGCUAACGUCGGAUGAGGACGAACCAGCCGCCUCGCAGCUUGUGAGCUGA